CCCCAAAAGGAGUUUCAGUUUACAUUUCAACCCCCGCAUAUAUUACAAUUACAAUUACAAUUACAAUUACAGUACAGAGAAAAGAAACAGAGAGCGAAGCCAAAGGAGAAGAUUAAGGAGAAACUGUUGAAUUCCGAUAUGAAAAAGUAGCCAUUCGAUCAUCCGAAAAACCCUAGAUUCCCACUUCUCCAUUGAUCCAAAGCUCCUCCAAAAAUGACGGUUAAAAGCUCUCCUUUUUUCCCCAAUUUUGAACCAAAAAGGGAUGCGUAUGGAUUUACUGUGAGGCCACAACAUCUUCAAAGAUACAGAGAGUACGCUACUAUAUAUAGGGAAGAGGAAGAAGAAAGAUCAGAGAAGUGGAAGAGCUUUCUUGAUAACCAAGAAGAAUCAAGUCAGCCACAUGCUUCAGAGAAGUUGGACGUCCAGACUGUGGAUUUUGAAGUUAGGAACGAGCAGCAAACGGUUCCUGUGCACGUGUCUCAAGAAGAAGGUGAUGGUUCAGCAGGAGAGAAGCCAGUCUCAGACAUUAAAACGGAAAGUGAUCUUAAAGGCGAGUUGCCAGCUUAUCUACCAGCAAAAUCCUGUCAGGCUUAUACUUGGGCCGAAAUCAGAGCAUCCUUGAGUCGCAUUGAUCAUCUGAUGAGCUUUCGUGUGAAGAAGACACCAAAUGUGAAAGCUGAACUGUCAACUGGUAUUCACAAUCAUCUUGCAACUAUUAAAGAGCCAGAGGAGUCAGAAGAAGAAAAUGGGGAAGAAUGUUCUGUCAAUGAAGAAUUGGGUGAUGCUACCAAUACCUCUGCAGAAGUAGGUACUGCCGGCAGUGUAGUUUCUCCUGAUCUUUCCUUUCCUUGGAAAGAGCUAGAAUUCCUUGUUCGUGGAGGAGUUCCAAGGGAUCUUAGGGGAGAGGUAUGGCAAGCUUUUGUUGGAGUUAAAGCACGUCGGCUGGAGAGAUAUUACGUGAAUUUGCUUGAUCCAGAAAGUGAGACUGGUGAUGGUCAGGAGCAUGACGAAUCGUCAUUGGCUGAAGAGAAUAAGCAACGGAGUAAAGAAAGCGCUCACGUGCCAGAGAAAUUGAGAAAGCAGAUUGAGAAGGAUCUUCCUCGAACCUUUCCUGGACAUCCUGCACUAGAUGAGAAUGGUCGAAAUUCCUUAAGGCGUGUACUUAUAGCAUAUGCUCGACACAAUCCAGAUGUAGGGUAUUGCCAGGCAAUGAAUUUUUUUGCUGGUAUCUUACUUCUAAUGAUGCCAGAAGAAAAUGCAUUUUGGGCAUUGGUGGGUAUUAUCGAUGAAUACUUUGACGGCUGUUACUCGCAAGAAAUGAUAGAAUCCCAGGUGGAUCAACUGGUGUUUGAGGAGUUAGUGCGUGAAAGGUUUCCGAAACUUGUCAAUCAUCUGGAUUACUUGGGAAUGCAAGUGGCAUGGAUUUCCGGACCUUGGUUUCUUUCAAUUUUCGUAAAUGUGCUUCCCUGGGAAAGUGUUCUUCGAGUUUGGGAUGUGCUUCUCUUUGAGGGAAAUCGUGUCAUGCUCUUUCGAACAGCACUUGCUUUGAUGGAGUUGUAUGGUCCUGCUGUAGUUACAACUAAGGACGCUGGGGAUGCAAUCACUUUAUUUCAAUCCCUUACUGGCUCAACUUUUGAUAGUAGCCAACUUGUGUUGACAGCUUGUAUGGGUUUCUUAAAUGUCACUGAAGAUAGAUUGCUAGCACUGAGAGAAAAACAUCGGCCAGCUGUUCUUGCAGUUACUGAGGAGAGAUCACAAGGAGGGCCUGUUAGGAAAGACCCAAAAGGUCUUGCCUCCAAGCUGUAUAGUUUUAAGCAUGAUCCUGAAUCAUUUAUAAAAGAAACAAAGCCGGAGGAACGGCAAGGUGAUAAGAAAAUAGGCAAUAAAACAUCAGACUCAAAUUCCAACUCCGCAAGUCUGGAUGAAUAUUUCAACAACCUGAAUAUAGAUUCACAUGUGGAUUCCCUUCCAGAUCUUCAAGAACAGGUUGUUUGGUUGAAGGUUAAGCUCUGUAGGAUGCUGGAAGAGAAGAGAGCAGCUACCCUGAGAGCUGAAGAGUUGGAGACGGCGCUUAUGGAGAUGGUCAAAGAAGAUAACCGACGACAAUUAAGUGCAAGAGUUGAGCAAUUGGAGCAGGAAGUGGCUGAACUGCGACAAGCCCUUGAUGAUAAGAAAGAGCAAGAGCAAGCAAUGCUUCAGGUUUUGAUGCGGGUUGAGCAAGAACAGAAGGUCACGGAAGACGCUAGGAUUGCUGCCGAGCAGGAUGUGGCUGCUCAAAAGUAUGCAGUACAUGUUCUUCAGGAAAAGUAUGAAAAGGCUAUGGCUUCUGUUGCUCAGAUGGAGAAGAGAGUUGUCAUGGCUGAAUCAAUGCUUGAAGCUACCUUGCAGUAUGAAUCUGGUCAAGUCAAAGCUCUAUCUUCCCCACGGUCAGUAAGACCGGAUUCUCCGCAAGGUGUACCAGCAAAAAGGACAGGUCUACUAUCAUUCGGCCUUGGUUGGCGUGAUAGGAACAAGGGGAAGCCGAACAAUCUUCCAUCACCAAAUGAAACUAAACCUGCAGACGAAGGACCAGAAAUGAGCAGUACAAAGACUGAAGCUAACGGACAGCAAGGAUAGGGAAGACGUUGCUAAGUGAAAGGUGUAUACUGAAAGUUUGAUCAUUAAGAGGUGGUGACUGCAUCCUCAAUUGGUAGCAUGUGUAGCAGGUCCUUUAGACGUCUUGUUGAAGUAUAAUUUGUAUCUCCCAACUCAAUUUUGUAUGAACAGUUAUUUGAUUAUUUUGUACAGUUAUGUAAAGAAAUUUGACAUCUUUUUGUAGCCGUUAUGAAAUGUGAGCUUUCAUUUUA